ACAACUCAGUUUGGCACGCGCCAGUUCAAUCGAGUGAAAGUCCAGGAAAACAGUUACCAGGCCACUUAGUUCGCUCACUGCUCGUGUCGUUGAUUUAACUGCUUAUCGAAGCGCGCGCGCGAGGGUGAAACACUUUUAGCACCAAGUGCGAAUAAUGUCACGUAAUACUAGUUCGAGACCAUUUCUCGUAUGUUUGUCCUGAUAGAACAUUGUUGAAUCUAUAUAGUGCAAGAAUAGAAACUUUUUCCUGAUGAAUUUUUCAAAAAAAGAAUAUAUCCCCCUUUUUCUCUCGAAUGAUAGGUGAAAAGAUAUGAAAAGUUCAAAGUAUUCUUAUCAGAAGAAACAAAAUGCGCGAAACUUUUACUGCUUUCACUGUUGUUGACAAUAAAAUCCUAACAACCAUUAAGUAAAAUGAACUUUACUUCCAAACACUUUCCAAUACUUGCACUGCAUUCAGUGUUCCUAUAGUCAUAAAGUUGAUUCGCAGUAUUAAAAAUGGAUAGUGAAAAUACAAAUUUAUCUGCUAAACAGUGGAGGCUGUGUAUACUGUGAUUAAUAAUGAUUAACAGAAUGGUUAAUGAAGUGAAACACAAGAGCGAAAUAUUCAAUGCACAUUAUGGAAAGAGAAGAUGAUGAAAAUGCUAUAGAAAUUAUUAAAGAGGGCGGAAAUGACUUCAAGGGAACUGGAGAAUCACCACAAGCAGAACAUAAAUUUAGGGUAGGACGAGGCCAGUUAAAUUGGUCUGAUGAACCCGAAAAUAGUAACAGCAUACCUCGGCAAUCUGGAGGUCGACAAACUCCAGGACCGUCUUCGCGAACUUUAACUUACGAGGAAGAUUCAUCACCCUCCUGCAAUGGCUUUAGGUUAGGCGUUUAUGGAUGGAGAAAACGGUGCCUCUACUCUCUUGUAGUAGGAUUAAUGAUCAUCGUCAUAUUAAACCUAGCUCUUACUCUAUGGCUACUGAAAGUAAUGGAAUUUAGUUUCGAGGGUAUCGGUUCCUUGAAAGUCGUUCCUGGAGGAAUCGAGUUGAGAGGUCAAGCUGCCAUUUUAGACGCCUUGAUAGCUUCCAGCGUAAGGUCGAGGAGAGGAAGAAACUUGGUUCUUGAGUCUUGGGGCAACUUUACGGCAUCCGCAAGAUCAGAAGAUGGUCGUGUUCUCGCAAGAUUCACUCUCAACGAGGACAGAGUGGAUUGCGUGACGAGAGGAUUUCGAAUAACUGACCCCCGAGGAGGACUUUUGUUUUCCGCGGAUAGGGAAAGAGUCGUCGUUGGAGCAGAAACGUUACGUGUAACCGGUGUUGGGGGUGCAAUUUUUAAGGGCAGUGUUCAGACGCCUCUGGUCAGUGCAGAAUCUGGUCACAAUCUCAGGCUGGAAUCAGCAACAAGAUCAUUAAAAAUUGAUGCACCGCAAAGGGUGGUGCUAGAAUCUUUUGGAGGUGAAAUAUCAGUCACCUGUUUAUUGGACAUGCAACUUCAAAGUAUCGAAGGUGCAAUAAGAUUCGAGUCAAAAUCUGUCUUCCUAAAGGGCCUAAAAACUGCUGUUCCAAUUCAAAGCUAUACCUCAAGAGAACAGCAGCAACAAUAUUCUAGUCGAUCAUCAUCGCAUCAAAGUCAACGGGAAUCAACGAUCUACCAACUCUGUGCCUGUGCGAGUGGCAAACUUUUUCUCGCAAGUCCCGAGGGAGUUUGCCAGGCCGACAAAGCCGUCUGUUAGUAGUAAACUAAAAUAAAUUAUUGUCAAAAUUACUAAUUAAUUGACAAUUUUUUUUUAAUUUCAUAAAAUGAGACAAUUUAUAUUCAUUAAUUCAACUAUAUUAAUGUAAAAGCACUGUCAUUUAAAGGCUUUAUCACUUUGAAAAUGAUGCCAAAGCCUUUUAAAGAAACUAUCAAUUUUUUUUUCAAACAAGUUCAGUUUUUUCGUUAAAUAAAAUAAUACGUCUCGUUCAGAAAUGUUCAUCUCAACGAAUUCUUUGAACGUCGCGAAAAACUCGUAUAUCUAUUAUGUAAGGGGUCCUAAUAAGAAAAUUGGAUUUCAGGAUUAAAAAGAAAAUGUAUUUUGUAUAUGUAUAGAAAAAUAAGGAAAAGAAAUAAGAAAUUUUUUGAACGCCCUUAAGAAUGUUAAAUAAAUUUUUUGAUCAUAUGUACAUGAAGUUUAUGAAACGGAUGUUUGUUAUUAGAGAGCUUGCGGUAGAUUGUAAAACAUAUAUAGAUCUAGUCCGUGUAAUUCUGUCCCUGAAAUGCAAAAUAAUGUCCUUAGGGGUUACUUCUUCUUAUUUCCCUUCAAAAAAAUUAAAUAAUUUGAAAUUAUGUUUGACAAAAAUUUCCAUUAAAUGUGUUUUAGAAAACUUCUGAGUUUUAUUUUAACUAUUGGGACACCUUACUGUACAUAUGCGUAGCUGUGCAAUGUAUAUCUUGUAUAUCAAUAAAAAUGUACGAUUAUCGUUGAACGUUA